UCCCGUAAUUCAGGGCGUCGCGCGCGCCUCACGACGCUGACCUGGAAGGUGAAGCUCUGAAGAAUUUUGCCCCGAGUUUCCCCGUCUAAGGAGUGGAAAGGGCCCCAGAGAACCAUGAAACUGCCCAACCCGGCGGGGCCGAAUAUUCCCUCAGGAGUCCAAGGCGGGCGAGGGCCGGGCCUCCGACGGAGAACAGCGGCUCCUGGGACUCCCGAGACCCAAGGCCGGAAGCGGCCCGUCCAAGGGGGCGGACUGGCCGCGGAGGGAGACCCAGGCCCCGGGCACUUCGGCCCGGUCCCCGCACCGGCCUGCGGCCGGUCACCCCGUGUUUCCUCCUCCCGGUUAUUUGCAUCGUCCUUUCCGCGAGUAAAUGACACCCACGGCCCCGUGACAGUGACCGGGAGGCGUGCGCGCGCUGGACCCGGGCUGGGCCGGGGCUGCGGACCCGAGAGGCCGCCGGGGCUCGGGGCGGCGAGGCUUCCAGCCUUCCAGUGCCACUCCAACCUCCUGCCCCCCAGCAGCAGACCCGUGCUUCGUGCUCAACCUUCAGACCUCAGCAUCUCCAUCACGUCCUCGGAGAAGCUUCCUCUGGCUCCCCAGAGGACCAGGUUUAAAAUGACUACCCUGAGGCCUAGCCAGAUCCUCAAUCAAUUAAAAAUUCAUUUCUCAUCAUUUCAUAGACAGUAAGUUAAUUGGAGAAAUCUGAAACACAUGGAAAUUUGUGGUUAAUACUGACAAGAGCAGAGAUUUCAAUUACUUGAAUAUUUUACUUAAUGGAGAACUGCAAACCCCCCAGGUCAGUCAUGUAAUGUGAUUGCAGGGACAGUGUCUUUCCUGCAAGAAUGUUCAGUAUUACAAGCAUGCUUUGAUGUAUCAAAUUCAAAUACCCAUGUGGAAUUUAAAUUGAGCCUAUUAAUAGCCAUAGGACUAAAGAGAGAGGAUUUGAGUUGUCAACAUUUUUAAAUUAUUUUUUUUACAACUUUAUUGAGGUAUAUUAAGUACAGUUAAACAGCAGAUAUGUAAAAUGACUGGUUUUGAUAUAUGUAUAGACUCAUGAAACUAUCGCCACUAACAAAAUAGUCAGCAGUUCCAUCACCCCAAAAAGUCUCCUCAUGCCAAUUUGUAAAUCUAUUCCUCUCUCCUUCACCUCAGUCAUUUUCUAGAUUUUUAUAUAAAUGAUAUCAUAGAAUAUGUAUUUUUGUGUAAGGCUUUUUUCAUUCCAAAUAAUACUGAUACUUCUAAGAUUCAUCCAUGUUGUUGAUGUAUCAAUUGUUUAUUCC